GGGGUCUGUUUGGUUACGUGGCCAAGGACUGCUACUAAUAGAGCUACUUCUGAGGAACACGUGGUCUAGCUUUAGCAAGAACUCAGAGACAGACACUUUGUGGCCAUGGGCUCUUGGAAGACUGGUCAGAGCUACCUAGCGGCCGGGUUGCUGAAGAACCAAGUGGCCGUGGUCACCGGCGGGGGCACAGGCAUUGGAAAAGCCGUCUCCCGGGAGCUCCUGCACCUGGGGUGUAACGUGGUCAUUGCUUCCCGGAAGCUGGACAGACUAACUGCUGCUGUGGAUGAACUGAGAGCCUCUCUGCCUCCCUCCAGCUCCGCUGAAGUCUCCGCCAUACAGUGCAACAUCAGGAAAGAAGAAGAGGUGAGUAAUCUGGUCAAAUCUACCUUAGCUAAGUAUGGUAAGAUCAACUUCUUGGUCAACAAUGGAGGAGGCCAGUUCAUGGCUCCUGUGGAAGACAUCACUGCGAAGGGAUGGCAUGCUGUGAUAGAAACCAACCUGACAGGCACCUUCUACAUGUGCAAAGAAGUUUACAAUUCCUGGAUGAGAGAGCACGGAGGGUCGAUUGUCAAUAUCAUUGUCCUUCUUAAUAAUGGGUUUCCAACAGCCGCGCACACUGGAGCGGCAAGAGAAGGUGUUUACAACCUCACAAAAUCCAUGGCUUUGGCGUGGGCCAGCAGCGGAGUGAGGAUCAACUGUGUCGCUCCUGGGACCAUUUACUCCCAGACUGCUGUUGACAACUAUGGCGAAAUGGGACAAACCUUAUUUGAGAUGGCCUUUGACAGUAUCCCAGCUAAGCGCCUUGGAGUCCCCGAGGAGAUCUCCCCUCUGGUAUGUUUCCUGCUGUCCCCUGCGGCUUCCUAUAUCACUGGACAGUUGAUCAAUGUGGAUGGAGGCCAGGCUCUGUACACUCACGCCUUCAGCAUACCGGAUCAUGACAACUGGCCUGUAGGAGCUGGGGACCUUUCUAUUGUCAAGAGGAUAAAGGAAUCUUUUAAGAAGAAAGCCAAGCUCUAACUAAGCCAAGGAAACAGCCACCCAUCUUGUUCCUGCGUGCCUUAGCGCCUUGAGAAUGUUUCCUACUUCACAAGAGCUUAUGAUUUCUGUGUGUGGGGGGUGGGGGAUCACUUUAAUGUUAAUAGCUUUAUCUUUGCAAAGACUGCUCCCAAAAUAAAUGUCUCUUCCUGUGCAAA